GGCUCGGCGCUGUGGGUGACGGACGCGCAGAGUCUGAAUGUCUCGAGGAACCCCAGGAAGGCCACGGAAGGUGCUGGCCGCCUGACCGUCUGGGGAACCCCUCCGAUAAUAAUAAUCUUAAAUAUUUCCAGAAGGUGAAGGUUCUUUGUAGAAAUCUUCUACUAGAGUCAAGUUUGCAAUGUAUUUAUUGUAAUAUUUUGAUUAGCAACUACUUACUCAAAAUCAUCAAAGAAACUUCUACUACAGGUAUAUCAAUGAAUUAUACGGCUAUAGUGUUACUGAAAUACAGAUUCGUAGAAAGGAAAAUCAUAUCGCGCAUGCGCAACAUAAACUAUCAUUGCACUUCAUCGUUCUUCGACAAUUGCUAGUACCACAGCAACCAACAACCAAAAAACGUAAUCUUCAUCAAGAAUGGGAAAACUUGUAACAAAAAUAGUUGGGAGUGAUAGCGUCGGCGUGUCGGCAUAUAAAAUGAGAUUGGAAAUAGUAUGUAUACGCAAGCCUUAAGCUGCAGCUGACCAACAAGAAAACGUCGAUUGAAGUAAAAUUUAUAUGGGCAUCUACUGCAAAAGAAGAGAAGUUGUAACUAAUUACCGUGCCGAGGUGGAUUCAGUAAGGAUCAGAGGGUGCGUUCCUUCUACAAGAACAAAGAGCGUCUUCUGCAGAUACUAGGCGAUAGCCUCGGUGGUCAUAGCUUGUUUCCCGAGCACGACCGGGGACCAUUGAAGAUACUCGGUCAUAAACGAAAAGUAUAUGUAAGCCUGCACCCAUCAUCCUAGGAGUCGAGCAGGUGCCGG